GAGGGGUAUUUGACCGGUGUGUGUUCUCAAGAUUGGAAGACAUGACAGUGUUCAGGAGCAGCGUUCUGGUACAGGUUGGAAACUCUGAAGUUCUGAAAACCUUAAUAGACACAGAAAAGAAGAGGAGGAAUGGAAGUGCUGCUGAGUAAGUUCAGCUGACUAGUUCAGCCAACAGAAACGCCCUGCUCUAACAGACUUUCCAAGACAACACUAGAACUCUUCUAAGUCAAGCUGUGUGUCAGUCCGCUGUGUAUCAGUCCGCUGUGUAUCAGUCCGCUGUGUGACAGUCCGCUGUGUGACAGUCCGCUGUGUGACAGUCCGCUGUGUGUCAGUGAGCUGCAGGGAUGGCGCACCACGAGCAGAGCACAGCCACUUUCCCAGAACACAUCCGCAAGAAACGGAACGGUGAACAGCUGAGCGCUGGGGAGAUCCGAGACUUCAUACAGGGUGUCAAGGACAAGACCAUCCAAGAGAGCCAGAUUGGAGCCAUGCUGAUGGCAAUCUGGCUGCAGGGAAUGGUAGCAGAGGAGACUCUCGCACUGACGAAGGAGAUGAUGAUGUCAGGGGAAGUGAUGUCAUGGCCGGCAGAGUGGGAGGGGCUAAUGGUGGAUAAACACUCGACAGGUGGAGUGGGGGACAAGAUCAGCCUGGUGCUGGCUCCUGCUCUGGCUGCCUGCGGCUGCAAGGUACCCAUGAUAAGUGGCAGAGGUCUGGCACACACAGGCGGCACGCUUGACAAACUGGAGUCCAUCCCUGGCUUUAACGUCUAUCAGUCUGUACAACAGCUGCAUCGAAUCCUGGAGGAGGUUGGCUGUUGCAUUGUAGGACAGACAGAUAACCUGGUGCCUGCUGACAAGGUCAUGUACGCUCUGAGAGACGUUACGUCUACAGUCGACAGCCUCCCACUCAUCACAGGCUCUAUCAUAUCUAAGAACGGUCCUAAGUCUCUGAGUGCCUUGGUUCUUGAUGUGAAGUUUGGGAAUGCAGCUCUCUACAAAGACCUGGGCAGUGCCAAGUUGCUGGCCCAGUCCAUGGUGACAGUUGGGAACAGUUUGGGGAUCCGUACGGGGGCGGUGCUUAGUCGUAUGAACUGUCCUAUUGGUCGCUGUGUGGGGAACACUCUGGAAGUGAUGGAGUCCCUGGAGUGUCUAAAGGGGAGGGGCCCAAACGACAUACUGGAGCUGGUUACAAGUCUGGGUGGGCUGCUGUUGUGGAUGAUUGGCCGUGCAGGGAGCCUGGAGGAGGGUAAAAAGGUGAUCUCUACAACCCUGCAAAAUGGUGCAGCCCUGGAAAAGUUCCAGAACAUGAUGAUUGGUCAGGGAGUAGCCAGUCAGAUCGCUGCAUCACUCUGUUCAACCAACGCAGACUACUACAGCAUCCUGAGACAGGCACACUACCAGACAGAACUGGAGACACAGGGCCACGGAACAGUGCUGGACAUAGACGGCAUGGUCAUUGCUCAGGUGCUGCACAGGUUGGGGGCGGGACGUUCGAAGGCCGGAGACCCUGUCAAUCACAGCGUGGGGGCAGAGCUUCUGGUGUCUUUGGGACAUAAGGUGGAGAAAGGGCAGCCAUGGCUGCGUGUCCACUACGAGACUCCGGCGCUGAGUGCAGAGCAGAGACUCAGUCUACAAGGGGCGCUGACACUGGGGCCCGUCGACCUGCUACACACACAGCCACUAGUGGCAGAAAUCAUACUGCCAUAGUGACACAAAUCCACUCUAUGUUAAAGCUUGAUUGGGAGAUGCCUUUUUAAAGGAUGUAUAGUUCAGAACUAAAGCCUCUGUGUCCUGCUCUUCACUCUCAAAGUCCUCUCUGAUUCACUCAUAUAAAGACAUCAGAUUCUGUGGAGACUGAAUAGAUGUUUACCGUUUCCAGGAACUGUGUGAAGGCUGUUAAACAUUACUAAUGCUUGUGUCCUAAAAUAUCCUUCUUUAAGCCUCGGCAUUGGGCUUGAGAUGGUUAAAGAAACCCAUAUCAGAUAUAAAAGUGUGUGUGCACAUUAAUAGAGGCAUGUUGUAACUGUUCUGGGUGUGUAGAAUGACCCCAGGAUGUCUGUGAGCUCAGCCAAUACUUGACAGGAACUGACUGGUUCCUCUUAAGUUAACUGGAGAAGGUUUUAUCCUGCACACCAAUGAUUGAACUAUUGUUCUGUCUGGAGCCUGUUUCUGGGCAAAAUAUUCAUGUUUUGUGUGUGUGUGUGUGUAUGUGUGUGUAUGUGUGUGUGUGUGUGUGUGUGUGUGUGUGUGUGUGUGUGUGUGUGUGUGUGUGUGUGUGUGUGUGUGUGUGUGUGUGUGUGUGUGUGUGUGUGUGUGUGUGUGUGUGUGUGUGUGUGUGUGUGUGUGUGACCAGUACGACCAUACAUCAUCUAGGCUGACAGUCAAAGGCUCUAGCUUGCCCAACUUGGGGGAUCCGUUAAGCUACUCAAAUCAAAUCAAAGUUUAUUUUUCACAUGCACGGAAUACAACAGGUGUAGACCUUACAGUGAAAUGCUUACAUACAGACUCUAAACAAUAGUGCAGAAAAGGUAUUAGGUGAACAAUAGGUAAGUAAAAAAUUAAAAACAACAGUAAAAAGACACUGAAAAAUAACAGUAGUGAGGCUUUAUACAGUAGAGAGGCUAUAUACAGUAGAGAGGCUAUAUACAGUAGAGAGGAUAUAUACAGUAGUGAGGCUAUAUACAGUAGUGAGGCUUUAUACAGUAGAGAGGCUAUAUACAGUAGAGAGGAUAUAUACAGUAGAGAGGAUAUAUACAGUAGAGAGGCUAUAUACAGUAGAGAGGAUAUAUACAGUAGAGAGGCUAUAUACAGUAGAGAGGAUAUAUACAGUAGAGAGGCUAUAUUCAGUAGAGAGGCUAUAUUCAGUAGAGAGGCUAUAUACAGUAGAGAGGAUAUAUACAGUAGAGAGGCUAUAUACAGUAGUGAGGCUAUAUACAGUAGAGGCUAUAUACAGUAGAGAGGCUAUAUUCAGUAGAGAGGCUAUAUACAGUAGAGAGGCUAUAUACAGUAGAGAGGCUAUAUACAGUAGAGAGGCUAUAUUCAGUAGAGAGGCUAUAUUCAGUAGAGAGGCUAUAUACAGUAGAGAGGCUAUAUACAGUAGAGAGGCUAUAUACAGUAGAGAGGCUAUAUUCAGUAGAGAGGCUAUAUUCAGUAGAGAGGCUAUAUACAGUAGUGAGGCUAUAUACAGUAGAGAGGCUAUAUACAGUAGUGAGGCUAUAUACAGUAGUGAGGCUAUAUACAGCCAUUAACAGCCUUUCAAAGCACUUCAUGGCUACGGACGUGAGUGCUACGGGUCUGUGGUCAUUUAGGCAGGUUGCCUUUGUGUUCUUGGGCACAGGAAAUAUGGUGGUCUGCUUGAAACAUGUUUGUAUUACAGUCUCAAUGAAAAUGUCAGUGAAGACACCUGCCAGUUGGUCAGCACAUGCCCGGAGCACACGUCCUGGUAAUCCGUAUGGCCCCGCAGCCUUGUGAAUGUUGACGUGUUUAAAGGACUUACGUCGGCUACGGAGAGCGUGAUCACACAGUCGUCGGGAACAGCUGAUGCUCUCAUGCAUGCCUCAGUGUUGCUUGCCUCGAAGCGAGCAUAGAAGUGAUUUAGCUCGUCUGGUAGGCUCGUGUCACAGGGCAGCUCUCAGCCGUGCUUCCCUUUGUAGUCUGUAAUAGUUUGCAAGCCCUGCCACAUAAGACGAGCGUCGGAGCCGGUGUAGUAUGAUUCAAUCUUAGCCCUGUAUUGACGCUUUGCCUGUUUGAUGGUUCGUCACAGGGCAGGGCAGGAUUUCUUAUAAGCUUCCGGGUUAGAGUCCCGCACCUUGAAAGCGGCAGCUCUACCCUUUAGCUUAUAGUGCGAAUGUUGCCUAUAAUCCUAGGCUUCUGGUUGUGGUAUGAACGUACAGUCACUGUGGGGAUGACGUCCUCAAUUCACUUAUUGAUAAAGCCAGUGACUGAUGUGGUGUACUCCUCAAUGCCAUCAGAAGAAUCGCGGAACAUGUUCCAGUCUGUGAUAGCAAAACAGUCUUGUAGUUUAGCAUCUGAUUCAUCUGACCACUUUUUUAUAGACCGAGUCACUGGUGCUUCCUGCUUUCAUUUUUGCUUGUAAGCAGGAAUCAGGAAGAUAGAGUUGUGGUCGGAAGUAUGUCAGGCGUGACUUCCUGACUGUUAUCCAGAAACACACACAGUAAGCCAAGACAAAUGCUGAUCGACAGCUGACUGUGUUAUAUCAGUUUCACUGACAGUUUCAUUCGUGUGUGUAGGGAUUUUCCUUUUUGGUUUGUCUCAGCAUGAACUCAACAGAUUCUUCCAAAACAACAACGAUACUACUUUCCACAUUGCUUCUAAAUAUGAAAACACAUCUCUAUUAUAAUAUAAAUAUAAGAACAAAAUGUUUGGCCAGUAUGGCCCUAACAACCUGGUAACUUUAACAUUAUGCAAACAUUUGGUGACAGAAAGAAAGGGAACAUUACAGAAAGAAAGGAGAUAUUACUGCACUGUUGGAGCUGGAACACAAGCAUUUCACUACUCACUCACAUACAUCUGAUAAAUAUGUGUACGUGACCAAUAAAAUGUAGUUUGAUUUGAUUUGUAAAGGAUAUCAUAAAGGCCCAAUGUAGGCUACAUAUCAAUCAAUAGAAAAAUGUUUUGCAAAUGUAUUGAAAAUUAAAUACAGAAAUCAAAUUUGCAUAAGUAUUUACACCCCUGAGUCUAUACUUAUAGAAGCACCUUUGGCAGCGAUUACAGAUUUGCUUUGUCUUGGGUUUGUUUGUAUCAGCUUUGCACAUCUGGAUUAGGGGUUUUUCUCCCAUUCUUCCUUUUCUCACGCUCUGUUAAAUUAGAUGGGGAGCGGUGAAAAACAGCAAUCUUCAAGUCCUUCAAUCCACAGAUUUUCAAUGGGUUCAAGUCUGGGCUUUGGCUGGGCCACUCAAGGACUUCCACAUUCUUGUUCUGAAGUCAUUCCAGUAUUGCUUUGGCUGUAUAUUUGGGGACAUUGUUCUGUUGGAACGUAAGUCUUUGCCUCAGUCUAAAGUUGUUUGCACUCUGAAGCAGGUCAUCAUCAAGGAUUUGCCUGUAUUUGGAUCCAUUCAUUGUUCCUCUGUCCUUGCCAGUCUCCCAGUCCAUGCCGCUGAAAAGUAUCCCCAUAGCAUGAUGCUGCCACCACGCUUCACUGUAGGGAUGGUGUUAGACGGGUGAUGAGCUGUGCCUGGUUUUCUCAACAUGGUCUCAGAGCAGUUCGUAUUAUUUUGUGCGUAUGUAAUCCAAAACACUCCAUUUACUGUGAUAUGUUACGUUUCGUAUGGUAUCUUAUUUUGUGGAUGUCCAUUAUCCAUUUUGUAUGAUAUGUUAUGAAUUACAAUUCAUAAUACAAUUCCUACAAUAUGUUUUGAAUUUGUUAAAUGUAUGACAUGUCACGAAUUACAAUUUGUUGUUGCUAACAGCUAGGUGGCUAACGCUAACUAGCUCUAGGGGUUAAGGUUAGUGGAAGGGUUAGCUAAAAGGGUUAGGGGAAAGGUUAGGGGAAGGGUUAGCGAACUUGAUAAGUAGUUCCAACGUAGCUAAAAAUUUGUUUCAAUGUUGCUAACCCGACUAAUCACCCUACUAUUGUUUUUGCCUUAAGAAACCUGUUUUAUGUAACCAUUAUAGAGGAAAUGAUUGAAUUACCUAUGUAGAUUAAUUGAACAUACUAUGCUGUUUUUACUUGGAGAAUUAUCCAUGGUUAUAUUUUAGUAUAGGCUUGUCUUAUGUGACUUAGUCAUGGGUCUGGGCGUACAGAUAAGAGACGUUUGGGUGCAACUGCAGUAUGUGAGAUCCUGUUUUAACAAUCUACAGGAACUUUGAUGUGUGAAAACUAUAAGGGAAAUAUUACGUAUUUACCUGCUUUGUUGAAUAUUGAUUGUUGAAUUAUAUGCUUAACAAUAGUAAGAGAUUUUCAUAACUACAAAUGCUGUGCUUCUGUAAAGGGAUGGUUCCCCUCUUGCUCCCUGCAGCUGGUCUGUGGGUAUAGUCAAGGACAUGGUGUGAGCCGAUAUAGAGAGAGCCUGAGAAAUAGAACAAACCCCUAUUUGUUUCUAAUCAUCUAUGCUUCUGAGAAUCUAAUCCAGGGUACGGGGAAACAACACCCGGUGAACAUAACCACAAGAUGAACCCAAGGUAGCUUAUGAUGCCUCGAUCUGCAUGGGAGGAGUGGAACCAGCCAUGACUAAGCAUUUCUAGGUCUGCUAUAUAGGACCUCUGUUUCUUCUGUACCGUUGAGCUCUCUGUCUUACACUCAAGAGUGUGGGGUCGACCAGCUUCAUUAUUGCAAUUCUUAUUAAAUAAAGAAGAUCGUUUGAAGAAA